GACGGUUGCUCUGGGUGAACGAAAGGAACGUUGACAGCAUCGAACAAGACACUAUUCUCUUCUCGCACAUGAACCCAGUUUCCCCUGUCCCCCAACACAUGGCGUCCAAUUCCAACAUAGAUAUUGAGGAUGCGACCCAGCAUCUUCGGGACAUCCUAAAGCUCGAUCGUCCCGGGAACACCACCGAUGCAUCCAGUGAUAUUCUAAGAAUGCCAACUUUAAAUGGAGAGCUGAAUGGGUUAUUGGGAGCAGCAGGCCUUCUGGGAGGCACUGAUCGGUCAUCCAUGUCGGACUCUACCAGACUCAUCUCCACGGACCUGUGCAGCACUCAGGAGUGUCAGAUAAUCUGCCUUUCUGGUGAUGAUGGUUCCACCUGUACCCCCAUCACCUCCAACAACGUGGAGAUAGUGGCAAGUCAGGAUACCAGCAUCAAUAGCAAGGCUCGUGGCAGCAACAAGGUAAAGAUUCAACCUGUUGCGAAGUACGACUGGGAACACAAGUAUUAUUAUGGCAGACUGAUUGCUGUCUCCAACUCCUUCCUGGCCUAUGCCAUCAGAGGAGCCAACAACCAUGCGAUGAUUCGCGUCCUGAGUGUGACUUUUGCCGAGCGCUCUCUGCUGAAGGGCUUCACCGGAGCUGUUACAGAUCUGGCCUUUGCUCACCUCGACUCCUCGCUGUUGGGCUGCGUAGAUGAGGCGGGCAACCUCAUGGUCUGGCAGCUCACCUGCACUGGAAGCAAGAUAUUUGAUCAGGUGGUAGUUCAUAUCCGACGGCCGGAGGACUCUCCGCUGAACUCCCACCGUCGCCUCAUCUGGUGCCCGUUUAUCCAGGAUGACAACCAGGACGACAUAAGCCAGACGUUAGCCCUUCUCCACGAAGACUUGGCGGAGGUGUGGGACCUGGAGGCGUUGAGAGCCAACCACAGCAGUUGGCCUGUGGAUGACACGGACGUGAAAGAAGGCCUCAUCAUAGUCAAGGGACAUACCCAGAGGGUCAGUGAGGGGGCUCUGUCUCCGGAUGGAACAGUGUUGGCCACAGCCAGCCACGAUGGGUACAUCAAGUUCUGGCAGAUAUACAUCGAAGGGGUACAGGACAAGCCACGGUGUCUUCAUGAAUUGCGGCCCCACGGAGGACGUCCCCUCUCCUGCCUUCUGUUCUGCGACAACCACAAAAGACAGGACCCCGACGUUCCUUUCUGGCGGUUCCUUAUAACUGGAGCGGAUCAGAACCAGGAGUUGAAAAUGUGGUGCACUGUUUCCUGGACCUGCUUACAGACCAUCAGGUUCUCACCAGAUUUGUUCAACUCCUCAGUUCUACCAAGUCUGAAGGCCAGUCUGGACCUCGCUUCGGAGUACCUCAUCCUCACUGACGUACAGAGGAAGGUUCUGUAUGUGAUGGAGCUCCGGCAGGACCUAGAGAAAGGAAAGGGCAGUUUUACAGCAGUGUCAGAGUUCCUGCUGACUCACCCCGUGCUCAGCUUUGGGAUCCAGGACGUCUCCCACUGCAGACUGCGACACACCGAGGUUCUCCCCGCUGAAGAGGAGAGCGAGAGUAUGACCACAGAGGGCACGCAAGGACUAACAGAGUCGAAGUCUGGGAUCCAGAUUAAACUUUACUGUGUCCACACCAAGAGUCUACAGGAUGUCCAGAUCUGGUUUCAGCCCAGCUCUCCAGUUUUCCUUCCCAAUUCUGAUACUCAGGAUGGUUUUGCAGGCUUUUCAGACAAUCUCACUGACCACAGCUCGGACAAAGAAUCAGGGAGCGGCUCCCAAACUGACCUAAGGAAGAUCCCCUCUCUUCCUGCUACCACUGACUUCCUGUCAACCUCGGGGGCUAACAGUGGGACCAAGCUAAUGACUCCAGAUGCCUUCAUGACACCAAGCACUUUGGUACCAGCAUCCCCGGGCAGCAGCGCCAGCAGUCUGACCGUUGUGACAGCGAUCAACAGCAACUCUGACUUAACUAACGGCGCUAUGGAUGAAGUCGGUCAGAGUCCAACCAGAGCAGAGAACAGCAGCAGCAGCAGCAGCCUGACACUUUCCAGCAGCAGCCCAAGAGCUGUUUCUGCAGUGCUUCUGCCUGUACUUGAGAACCUACAGGCAUUAGCAUCCCCCAACGGUCCUCUCGCACUGGACAGCCCUCAGGUUCUGGACUCCCCCCUCCUUCCUCCUCUGGCUUCUCCGACCAGAGCCCGCUCCCCCGACGUCAUCUCCUCGGCCUCCACCGCCAUGUCCCAGGAUAUGCCGGAGAUCGCAUCGCAGACCCUACAGCUUCAGCGCAGCCACGUGUCCAUUUUGGAGCCGGUGCCUCUCUCCGCCCUCCAGACGGACAGCAUGGCUUCCGCUGCAUCUGCCCUGCACCUGCUCACCUCCCCGCGCUCAGCCAACAACGGCCUGUUGCCGCCCGAACUUGGGGGUGCAGAUGGUCCGGUGGGCGGGGCAGGAGGAGAUUCUGAGCACAGACUCAGCCACACCCCGUCCCUGCUGGAGAACGCCUUAUUGCAGGAAAACCCCGGGGUCGGUGGAGGCUCUUCAGACGGCAAUGUGGGCCACACAUCGUGGCCGGCUGCGCCCGACAUCACCAGGGAAACCAGGAACAAUCUAAGGGACAACGACCUCGGAGAAUAUUCGAGAGAGGAGUCGAAGGACAGAAGCCUCAGCUCACCUUACCAUCGGCGCUCCUAUCACCUCACACAGAUCGACAGUCAGGACGCCGGCGGGGAACAGAGUGACCCGAACGAUGAGGGGUCCGGCCUCGUAUCAUCCACAGUAAAUUGCGGCUCUCGUUCCUCUCACCGACUACCGGUUAAGGACUGGAAGACCUCACCACGAGCCUCGCCCAAAGUGAAGAGGAAGACCAAGAAAGAUGACGGGGAAUUGUCUCAGUCCAGGCAAAUGGACUCUGGUCAGAUGAAUGCCGAAGUGCAGGACGAGCUGCUGAUGCUCCUGCGUAGCCAGCAGAGGGAGCUCACUGACCUGCGUGGGCAGAUCGAAGCCAUGCAGAGCACCAUCAUGGCCCAAGUUGAGCACGUCCUCACCAACCACCAGGAGCAGGAGCAGCGGAGACUAGAGCGGGUUCUGGCAGAGAGACAGAGUGACCAGCAGCAGCUUCAGGAGCAGCUCAUCAGCACCCUUAGCUCGGUGCUAACCAACAGGAUGGACAAAGUGCUCCGUGAGGAAAUAAAGAAGACCGUCCCACCAAGCAUCUCUAAAAGUCUGGAGCCGGUGACGGGGCAUCUGAGCAACACCAUCGCUGCCAAGCUGACCGCUGUGGAGAUCACACUGAAGGACAAUGUCAGCAAGGUGGUCAAGUCCAAGAACACGACGGAUGCGAUUGGUCGAGCAGCGGCCGAAGCGAUGCAGGGGCCCAUCCAGGCGGCCUACAAAGACGCCUUCCAGAGCAUCGUGCUGCCGGUCUUUGAGAGAGGCUGCCAGUCCAUCUUCCAGCAAAUCAACAACAGCUUUAAACAAGGCACUCAAGAAUACAUCCAGCAGCUCGAGAGCCACAUGAAGAACAAGAAGCAGAGAGAGCAGGAGACACAAGACCCUGUGAUCAGCCAGCUCCAGCAGACCAUCGAGACCUUCCAGAGCUCCACCGAUCAGCUGGCCAAUAACAUCACGGCUAAUGUGCGGGCCGAGGUCCAGCAUCAGAUCCAGAUGAUGGUGGGAAAUUUGCAGGAGUCGAUUCUGAGCCAUGUGCAGCGAAUCGUCAAAGGCGAGGUGAGCAUGGCGAUGAAGGAGCAGCAGGCGGUGGUCACCUCCAGCAUCAUGCAGGCGAUGAGGUCAGCGGCCAGCACUCCCGUCCCCACAGCGCACCUCGACUACCAGACGCAGCAGGCCAACAUCCUGCAGCUCCUCCAGCAGGGCCAGCUGAACCAGGCUUUCCAGCAGGCUCUGUCUGCCACAGAUCUGAACCUGGUCCUGUAUGUUUGCGAGACCAUUGACUCCCAGCAGGUGUUUGGGCAGCACCCGUGUCCUCUCAGCCAGCCCGUGCUGCUGUCGCUCAUCCAGCAGCUCUCCUCCAACCUCACCACCCGCUCUGAGCUCAAAAUCAGCUACCUGGAGGACGCCGUGAUGAAUCUGGACCACGGCGACCCGCUAACCCGAGACCACAUGUCCUCGGUGCUGGCCCAGGUCAGGCCGAAGCUCUACACCUUCCUGCAGCAGGACCCCCACGGCCCGCUCAGCAAGAGGGCGCGCCGCCUGAUGAUGAUGCUGCAGGGCCUCGUCAGCCACUAGUGCAGCAGAGCCGUCUCCUCUAUAGAUAACGGAUAACACAAGCCCUUUCUUUUCUUUUUGUUGUAGUUACGAGUGUAGUUGAGCGCAGUUUCUCCAAGGCCCGGGCGGUUGUUGGGUGGAGAUAGAUUGGAAGACGAGAGUUUGCUUGGUUCGAGAAUACAGAUCUCCACCCGUCUUCUCCUUUUUUUCUGAACAUAACUUGAAUGCAAGACAAUAAUGGUCAGGACAACUCUUAAGUCUGCUGUAGAUUCUUUAAGACCUUCGUUUCCACCGCUCCACCAAGAGGUGUCCUGGUCGUAGUCCCUUUUUUACACUACGCAUCUCAUCAGGCUUGCGGCACCGACACUUUUUUCUUUCUUUUUUUUUUUUUACAAUACUGACCAGUAUCCUCUUCAGAGCCAUCAUGGAAUUCGGUUGCUGCCAGAUUACCGUGUCCUCCGUUGUUUUUUUUUAGACAUUCAUGUUCCUCCCGGCGACCAGAAGUAUGUAACCCUCAAAGACAUUUCAUGUCGGCGGCAUAUUUUCUUUCAGUUAUUUUGUAAUAGGUUGGAGAGGACAACCUUGCCAGGCCGAAUGUGUCUCUGUUCUGAAAAAGAUCAACAAGCCGCAUUGUUGUUAAUUGUAUUCGUUGCUGCGGUAAGAAAUAACAUUUAUUUUAAAUAGAACAAAUAUUUGCGAAGGUGCCCACGGCUCAAAAGAAUUCCGCUUUAACAGUCUGAAAUGUUGGGAGCUCGACAUUGGGUUCUGCACGCCGUCCACGUGUACAUCUGUUUCCCCCCUCCCUUUUUAUGUAAACAUUUAGCAUUCAUAAGACCUGUACACCUGCUUUAAUAGUUGUCAAACUAGUUAUAAUACAUAAAACACUUGCCGAUAAUGUUCUUUUAUCAGAUUAUUCCAAAUGUUUGUGAAGUCAAUGUGCAGUUCCUCCUCAUAGACUCUAGGAAGCAGCACUUAGUUGGACUGCAGAUGUGCACCCUUCCCGUUAUUUUAGGUUUUAGGAUGCAUUCCUGCUCUUCCAGUAUCUGUUUUACCAAACGUUCUGUUUCUGUACUGAGAGCGUAGGGUCAUUUGUGUCCGGCCCGUUCACCCCCUGCAGGGCGGCCACACUGUUUUGUUGAUUGUAAAAUAAAGUUAUGUUGGUUUCACCUGCGUGUUUAGAGUUCUGUUGAGUUUAAAUUUGUCUAGCAAAGUGCCUUAUUGUAUUCAUGUUUGGGCCUUUAGACAAGUUAAAGCAUUAUCCCAUUGUGGUUCCUUUUCUUUUUAAAGCGUUUGUGUCUGAAACGUUGACGGCUCCAAUUGCCAAAUAUUCAACCCGCGAUACAUUUGAUUUUGGACGGACAUUUGAAUGAUCACGCAACAGAGCGGGAAAGCGAUGCCAUUCAGACUACUAGCACCUCCACUUCUGGGUUUUCUGUCCUCAGUCCAGAGGACGGGUCAACUCCUAAAGGCGGCGCUGUGUGGGAGAAACAGGCAAGAGUAUGCUACUUUUUUUCCUCCGUCCAUUCUACGUGGAUGCUUAUGUUGUAUGUUGUAUAUUUUACAUUUUAAUUUUACCCAUUUUGGAAUAAUAAAAAAAGUUGUUUA